AUGGAAGGUAUGAGCAACUUGCUGCCAACAGCCAAAAGUAACGGGUGGAUCAAGGGUUUUCAGGUUGGAGAUGACGACUUAGAAAUUACUUACCUGCAAUGUGCAGAUGACACUCUGAUUUUCUAUGAAGCAGUGGAAGAGAACAUUUUAAUACUGAGGACCAUAUUUAUAAUUUUUGAAGCAGUCUUCGGUCUCCACAUCAAUUGGAGUAAGAUUUUCAUCUACCCCAUAAAUGACGUGUUGGAACUGGACAAUUUGACAAUAAAUCUUGGUGGGAUAGUGGGGAAACUUCCAGCAAUUUAUCUUGGCAUUUCUUUGGGAGCAAAUAACAAGUCCAUAGGGAUAUGGAACGGGGUUAUUACAAAAUGUGAGAAGAAGUUAACAAGCUGGAAAAGCUAA